AUCAUAAGUUAGUUUGAAGUUUAAUGAUUUAGUUUCUUAUCUAACGUAUAAAUAGAAAUAAAAUGAAUAUAUUAUUUAUUUUAGUGUUAAUUUACAUUCCUUUUGUGAUUUCAGAGGAUGUUUUUGUUACAAUUUCGCAAGGAACACUACGAGGGCAUAUAUUAACAAGUCCAGGAAAUAAAACUUUCAGGGUAUUUCAAGGAAUACCUUACGCACAGCCUCCAGUGGGAAACUUAAGAUUCCAGGCUCCUCAACCUCCACUCAAAUGGGAUGGUAUACGAGAUGCAACCAAAGAUGGAAACAUCUGUUUUGCUGUGACUAAGGAUUCCCCUAACGAAAGUGAAGAUUGUCUUUUUGUAAACGUUUUUGUUCCUGUCUUGGACAGUGACAAUAAAACCAAAUUUCCUGUUCUGCUGUCGAUUCAUGGAGGUGGCUUUACACAUGGAUCUUCCGUGUACAAAGAAUUUGGUCCAGACUACCUCAUCGAGCAAGAAAUAAUUGUGGUGACCUUAAAUUAUCGGUUAGGACCAUUUGGUUUCCUGUCAACUGAUGAUGACGUAGUUUCUGGUAACGCUGGCCUUAAGGAUCAGGCAGCUGCUAUUAAAUGGACUUACGAGAACAUCGAAGUUUUUGGUGGAGAUAUCAAUAAAAUUACCAUUUCAGGACAAAGUGCUGGAUCUGCUUCAGUUGGUUUCCAAUUGUUGUAUAAAGGAAAUGAAGGAUAUUUUAGAGGGGCUAUUAUGGAAAGCGGAAGUCCAUUAAACAUGUGGAGUUUUUCCGUUGGAUUUGAUCCUAAAGCUUACGCGGUUGACUUAGCUCAACAAGUUAAUGCUACGAUCGAUGCAAACAUUAGUUCUACUGAUUUGCUUGACUUUUUGGUUGGUUUAGAUGGAAAGGAUAUAGACACAGCUUCAACAAAAACAACUGUUUCAACUUCUGCAUUACCUGUGAUAGAACGAGAAUCAGAAACUGCAUUUCUAACGUCUAGCCAAUACGAAUUACUGGAAAAUGGAGACUUCAUUCGUGUUCCUAUCUUGAUUGGAACUAAUUCUGAGGAAGAUAUUCAUUAUGGACAAGAUUUGGAACAACUGGAAAAGUAUUUGGAAGUCUAUGAGAAAAACAUUGAAAGAUUUAUACCAACAAAUUUAAUUUUAUCUGAUACUGUUAAUAAGUCAACGGUGGGAAAAACAAUUAGAGAUUUAUACUUAGAAAAUAUUCCUGAUGAUGAAAAAUUGGGACAUUUGAUCAAGUUUAUGAGCCACAAUACAUUUACCAGAGCUAUCAUUAAGCAUGCUAGUCUUGCAGCUAAUUAUACCCAAAUUUUCUUUUAUGUAUUUUCAUAUGACGGACCAUUAGGAAACGUAAAUAUUACUGUAAAAGGUGCUGACAAAGUUGCUCACGGUGAAGAAACAAAAUAUCUAUGGAAACAGGUUGGUUAUAACGACGAUUUAUCUAAAUUUCCUGCUUCUGAUGUUUUGACUUACAACCGUUUGAUAUCUUUAUGGACUAAUUUCGUCAAAUAUUUAACUCCUACUCCAGAAGAGGCAGAAUUACUUCAAAACAUAACCUGGCCACUAUAUGACAACGAAAAUUAUAAGUAUUUAGAUAUUGGAAGAAAUCUUGAAAUAAAUAAGAAACCCAAACGGCCAUAUUACGAUGCUUGGAAUCAGUAUUAUGAAGAAUGGGCUAAUGAUUCGCUUAUAACUUUUUGAAACAUGCUAAUUAAGAUUAGUUUGAUAAUAUAUUCAUUAAUUAAUAAAAAUAUACGUCAUAUA